GCCUGCAGUAUGGCGGCACGGCAGACCUUGCGGGUGCUGUGUCUAGCCGGCUUCCGGCAGAGCGAGCGGGGCUUCCGUGAGAAGACGGGAGCGCUGAGGAAGGCGCUGCGGGGUCGCGCAGAGCUCGUGUGCCUCAGCGGACCACAUCCGGUCUCCGAGGCAGCGGCUCCCGAGGGUGCGGGGCCAGACUCGGGGCCCUGUUCUCCGGAGGAGCAGCCUCGAGGCUGGUGGUUCUCUGAAGAGGAAGCCGAUGUUUUCUCUGCUCUGGAAGAGCCCAAAGUGUGCAGGGGUCUGCAGGAGGCCCUGGAAACGGUGGCACAGGCCCUUGACACGCUGGGGCCCUUUGAUGGACUUCUUGGCUUCAGCCAGGGAGCUGCACUAGCAGCUUGUGUGUGUGCCCUGGGCCAGGCAGGUGAUCCUCGCUUCCCCUUGCCAAGAUUUAUCAUACUUGUGUCGGGGUUCUGUCCCCGAGGCCUUGGCCUUAGGGAACCCAUCUUACAGAACCCCAUGUCACUGCCUUCACUUCAUGUUUUUGGGGAUACUGAUCGAGUCAUCCCUUCUCAGGAGAGUAUGCAAUUGGCUAGCCGGUUCCUUGGAGCCGUCACCCUCACCCACUCUGGUGGUCACUUCAUUCCAGCAGCUGCAUCCCAGCGUCAGGCCUAUCUUAAGUUCUUGGACCAGUUUGCAGAAUGAAGGAUCGACAAAUGUGUCUGCACUGCUCCCACUUUCUCCAGCAGCCCUCCCUGGUGCACUCCUCACCAUGGCUAGUUAAAAGACAACUGUCACUUCUCAGGACACACAUAAGCUCAGAGAGCCUGUGAGAAGACAGUGGUGGGCAAGCAGGGGCUGGCACCCCUGUGACUGACGAACAAUAAAGCGAUGCUUUAGAUAUGAAUGCCUUUCUCCUGCUGCACAGACCCUGGGGCAACACCAGACCAAA